AUGUUUUAAGAGUACAGAAAUAUAGAUAAUGUUGUUCAUCAUUGUAGUCAGAUUCUACUCAGAUAAAGAAUAAGUAAAUAAAAUGUAUAUAAUGUACUCUUUUUAUGUUGAUAAAUAGCUCGUCCUCAGUGAAUGUGUAAUGGCUGCAGUGUGUUUCCUCUGACAUGACAUGACGCUAUCAGCAGGUGUCAAUGUACCAAUGGUGGAAGUAUUUAGAUCCUUUACUUGAGAUAAAGUAGAAAUACCACAGUGUAAAAAUACUCUACACACAAAAGUAAAGCAUUUACAUUUUGUCUACAGAAGAAUUAUCAGCAAAAAACAAAAAACAAAACUCAAAGUACCAAGCAAGGGCACCCAUAAUGCAGAAUGACCCUUUUCAGUGUUAUAUUGUUAUAUAUUAUAAAACUGUGUUGUUGAUAUUGGUGCAUUCUUGUAUCAGCAUAUUUUUAAUGUUAUAAAUGGUAAUGGCGUACAUACUGCUGCCUAGUUUUUUCUAUAAAGGCAUCAUGUUUUGUGUUUAAAAUCACAAUCUGCAAUGUCACUAGUAAAUUUAACAGUCAGAAAGGAGUGGAGUAAAACAUACAGUGUUUCCCUCUGGGAUGCAGUGCAAUAGAGGUAUGAAGCAAUGUAAAUUGGAAAUACUCAAGUAAAGAACAAGUACCUUAGAAUUGUACUUAAGUAGUUCUUUCAGUUUUAAAGGUAAAACGUCUAUAUCACCGUAUUUCCUUGUAAUAAAGUGAGUAUAUGUAUGCAGUUACAUUCCUCCACUGCAGAGGGGGUCAGACUAGGUUGAAGUGUUUAACAACAGAAAACAUCCCUGGAGAAAAAAAAACAUCAGAUGAGCAUAUGAUUUGAAGAUGUAAUUUUUGGCUUAAGGAAAUUGUGAUGGGUGUUUUUCCCUGUUUUUACAUUUUAUAAAACAAAAAGAAAAACAAUCAAGGCACUAAUAAGUAACAGCAGCUAAAAUGAUAAUGAAGAUAAUUGGAAGUUGCGUUCCUAACUGAACGUCAUAAGUACAAGAAAAAGAUUAAUCAUAACAAUGACAAAAGUGAAGCCAAUCAGCCCUCAGAUGACACCAGAGAGCUUGUUCAGGUAUUGUAACACCAAACAGUGGUAAUCAUAUGUCACAACACUCAACAGUGCAAACACUGCAAAAAAAACUGCCAUUGCAGUGAGACAAUUUCAACUUCUUUAAAUACAAGUUAGGAGUUUUAUGAAUUUUCUAGUGUCAGGUGAGUUUUUUAAAAUUCAAAAGCAGCGACCCCUUUUCUGUCCUCUUUCAACAUUCUUCAUUAAUUUUAUAUUGUGAGGAAAUUAGAAGUAAUAAUCUGUCCACUAAACUGGACAUCGUGCAUCGUUGGCUAUAUUUCAACUACAAUUAAUAUUGUCACUGCAACCUUGUUGCUCUUGCAAAAACUUAAGGCCAAAACACACCGGCGGCGUCAUAUGACGACGGCGUCAUUGAAGCGAGUCAAGUGCCGCCCCCAACACACAAACAAAGCGUCGCGCUGCGGGGCAUCAACCGGAUUUCUAUUGCACACUCCAGUCCGCUAGGCUGGGAAGUACAAAAUAGCGCUUUUUCAAAGGCGGCGACGCUGGAAAAAUAGGACAAUAGCGUAAAGUGCCGCGGCGCGCGUCGAGCCGCCGCCGGUGUGGGUUUGUAAAUAGAAAAUAAUGGGGGCGGCUGUUUUGACGCGCGUCGUACGGCGCCGGUGUGUUUUGGCCUUUAAUCUGAUUGAUCUGAGUGGCUUUUGGCUGCAAAUUUAUUGAUUAUGUUAUUAGAAUGUAAUGUACUGGAGGGAGACGUAGUAGAAAGAGAGAGGGGAGAAGCUGAGGAGUCAGGAGGAGGGUUCAACACCUUUGCAUGGCAUUGAACAGUAUAUGAACAUGUUAAAAUAUGUGAACACAUUAGUCUAACAGCAUUAAAAUAUGUUUUUAAUGUUUCAUGAUAUAACUUGGUACAUAUUUCUAAUGUUGAAAACUCAAAUGCAUGCUGUCAACCCGUGUGGACAUGUGAAAAACUCUUUUUAGCUUAAUUUGUUUUCCAUACCUAAAGAGGAAUUAAGAAAAAAAAAGUCUUUAAACAUUAAUGCAGAGGUGACAGUAAUUCAGUCUUAUAUAUUAAAACACUCUGAAAUGGUUUGCUCUGCAUAAUGACUGCUGCUUAUUUUUGAUACUUUUAUGGGGAAUAAUUUUUCAAAAUUCAUACAUGUUGAUCCUAUGAUCUAAGACAGUUAAAAAUAUUAGUUAACAUGAACAUCUAUCUCCCAAAUCCAAAACCUAGAGGGCGGAAACAUCAAGUAUAAAGUCCAGCCUUUAAGUAUUUUAUUGCUCCUCUGUAUUGUAAAUUACUCAUUGUAGGCGUGGUACCCUGUAACUGGAAGUUAAAAUGUAAUAAACAUAAUGCAGUCUGUUAAGAAAUAAACAUACUACAGUAUAUCACAUACACUCUUUAAAAUAUGUCCUGCUCAGACUUGCCACUGUGCAGGUUUGUAAUGUGCAUAUAAUUCUCCUGCACUUGACAUUAUCAGUCCUGCUGUGAAUGCAAUAACCCAGCUGAGCAGCGGUUGGGGGCGUGGCUUAUGUCAGGUCGCGUGGUGUAGGUGCGGUUAAUCCAUGUUUCCUGUUUUUGACUCUCUGAACUCACUUGUUUGGAAAAGCGCUUGGAGGAGUCACGAUGUCUUUCGAUCUGACACAAGCUCUGGGUGGGGAAAGUGAGGUGAAGAAGGACGAAGCUCAAAAGGAUGAGUGGUCAUUGUGGAACAAGGAUAAGAAGAAGGAGGAGAAGGGAGACCACAAGGACAAGUCUGGAUGUGAGGACAAGUCCGGGAGUAAGGACAAGUCUGGAUGUAAGGACAAGUCCGGGAGUAAGGACAAGUCUGGAUGCAAGGACAAGUCUAAAAAAAAGCACAAGCACAAGUCCAAGGACAAACAUGAUAAACAUGAUAAACAUGACAAACAUGAGAAGAAGAAAAAGGAAAAGAAGGAGGGCGGUUCCUCCUCCUCCUCCUCAUCUUCAUCCUCCAGCAGUGAUGAGGAGUGAUGCAUCCUGGGAGCUCCGGACCACGCUGUUAGCCUCUUAUGAUCUUAUGAUCUUAUCUAUUGACAAAAUGCAUGUGUGGUUGUAGUGUACAGUAACACGCCUACUUCAUUUUCUUAGUGUCCUUUCACUGGUGUCACCAGUGCUGGCGCUACCUACAUGCAUAUCACACACUGCACUGAGGGCAUCAAGUCCUGGAGGGGGCACCACAACAGCUAAUGAUCAUCAAUCAUAAUCAUAAAGAUGAAGUAUUUAAAUUUAAGAUGAAGCACAGCCACAGUAGGCACCAGUAGAUCAUUACAGUCAAUAUGAUAUAAAUCACUGCUUGUAAUAAUAAAAUGAAUUAUGUAUAAUAUAUAGUAUAUACUGUCAUUGUAUAGUUCUGGUUUUCUGAUUUGUUUAUUGAUAACAUUGAUAACCUCCUGAGACCUGAACUUUUGUUUGGUAUGCAUUUUUAUUUUCUCCUCGCUAUUUGAGAUCAGUAGGACUCGAUUUGUAUGAAAAAACUAAACAUCGUCAAUGAUAAUUAAGUCCCAGUGUUCUCAAAUGAGUACUUCCUGAGUGCCAGCAUCUUAGCUUGUUACUGUGACUGAAAUUAGUCACAUGUGUAUUCCAUAUCAAACUGCAAACACAUUAUGAAUCAUGAAUAAACAAGUUUCAACCAAAAAA